CCUGUCCCGACAUACAUAUUUUUCAAUGUUAUCUACCAUUUAUUAGGAUAACAUAAAAAAAAUAAAAAAUAAAAAAUAAAUUUUAAUAAAUUGAUUUUAGUUUCUUCUUCCGCACCGUCCAACAAAUUUGCCAAUACUUUAUUACGUAAAAUUGAUUAGUUUUUGACAUCCCAUCUCUAAAUAUUUAGGCCAUGAAAUUACUCCUUCAUACAUACCACCUUUGUGGUCAAUCUCUAAUCCAACUUCUACCUUUAAGCCUAAUCUUUGAUUUGAACUCUACCCACUAUUAGCAUAAUGAAAUUAGAACUAACAAGAUUAGAAAAUAAUAUUUUUUUGAGAAUAAACCCGAUUUAUUGCUGCUGGGUGAGCAUCAACAUUAGGCCCAGACCUUGGGAAAUUUCCAAGGCUUUAAUGAGUUUUGUUUUGUUAUGUGCUGGUUGGUGCCUGGUGGCACAUGGGUCAAGGUUUCGGUUCGGAUAGUGCCUUUCUUUUGAUAGAACUAAUACACCUAUUGUACUUUAUUAGAAAUUAAUGCCCAACCCAACUCUCGAUUUCAAAGUAAUAAUCUUUAUAUUUUGGGAUAAAAUAAUUUGAGCUUUUACGCCUUUGACCUUGGAUUAGACCAUUUCUUACUCCAUAGGUUCAGACACACGUAUUGGAUCAAAACCAUUUCCAAACGUAUUUUCCAACUAAGAAAAUAAUUUCUAACUUUUCAUAAUAUUAAUUAAAUAGAUUUUUAACUUUUAAGAAACCAAUCUAAAUACCGUGUUUUUUACUAUACACAAAGAAAAACUUUUUUAGUAUCUUCGUAUAAGAUUAAAUCCUUAAUUAGAGGAUUAAAAAGUUUAAAAUUUUCUAUUAUAUAACAGUAUUAAUUAGCAUUUGGGUGUUUCUAUUCAAAAUGUAUAAAAUAAAAUUCUUAUAUAGGAGGGUUUCAUUGAUUAACUAUUUUAAUAAAACUUAUGAUUUGUUCAAAGAAUCUCUCGAGAUUUGAGCAAUUGUAAAUGAUAUAAAUAGUAAAUAUGUUUUAUUUUAUAUAAAUUCAAAAUAAUUUUUUUUAUAAAAUGUAAUAUUUUGAUGAUAUUUGUAUUAGGUUUUUUAAGUUUUGAUGAAUUAUAGAGAUAAAUACCUAAUUUUAUUUUUUUAUAUUUUUACGUUUAAAAAUGAAAAUAGGAAACCGAUUUUGAAUAUUUUAAAAAUAAAAAUAUAAAGUAAAAAAUAGAAGGACACUGAAAUGAUAGUUAAAUUAUUAUUACGACCUUUUUUAUUUUUAAAAAGUAUAGUUUUGGACCGUGAUUCUUUUUCACUGUCUACGUGGCAAAAUAAUAGGUGGUACGCAAACCCACCGGAGGGAUUAUCACCGGAGAGGAUCCAAACUCAUCACUAUAAAAGCCCAAACCCUUGAAAAUUCAAAAAAAAUCUAUUUCCGCCAAAAUGGAACCAAAUCUCCAUCUUCUCUCAUCGCGCUCUGUCCCAACCCUAGAUUCUGAAUCUGCAUUCUGCAAUCAAUCCAAACCCUAGCUCCGGAAAGGACAGCUUUUUGAAGAAUGGAGAAAGGCCUGAUAUCGGUGGAUCGGUGGAGCGAUCACAGCCAGGUCUACUUCCUCACGCAUCUCCACUCCGAUCACACCCAGUGCUUGUCCUCUUCGUGGACCAAGGGGCCUCUUUUCUGCUCUCGCCUCACCGCGAAGCUCUUUCCCUUCAAAUUUCCUAAUUUCAACCUCUCUCUGCUUCGAAUUCUUGAAAUUGGGUCUUGGCACUCCGUUUCUCUGGUUUCGCCUUCCUCCGGAUCGGAAACUACUGUUGAUGUCAUGGCCAUUGACGCUCACCAUUGCCCUGGUGCUGUUAUGUACUUGUUUCGUGGUGAUUUUGGUUGCAUGCUUUUUACUGGUGAUUUCCGUUGGGAGGCAACUAAUGAGAGGGCCAAGAUAGGAAGGACCAUGCUCCUCCAUGCUCUUGAGGGAGAUAGAGUUAACAUUCUUUACUUGGAUAAUACCUACUGUAAUCCAUCAUUUUCUUUUCCUUCUCGAGAAGCUGCUGCUCAGCAGGUCGUUGAUAUCAUUGCAUCCCAUCCUAAACAUGAUAUCAUCAUUGGGAUUGACACUUUGGGAAAGGAAGAUCUUUUACUUUACAUUUCACGAUCUUUAAAAGUAAAGAUUUGGGUAUGGCCAGAACGCUUGCAAACUAUGCAUCUUCUUGGAUUCCAUGAUAUCUUCACAACCAAAACUUCUCUUACUAGGAUAAGAGCUGUUCCUCGUUACAGUUUUAGCAUCAACACUCUUGAGGGACUAAAUACAGUGCGCCCAACCAUUGGAAUCAUGCCAUCUGGUCUUCCAUGGGUUGUGAAACCGUCAGAAGGAAAUGACAAUCCCGCCGGUCCUCCUUCAAUUUCUCACCAUUGUGGAAACAAACGAAUAAUAAAUGGAGGGCCCCGUGCUGAAAUAAAUAAGAAGGGAAAAUUGAGGUCUGUGGUAAGGUUUCAUCAAUACAUUUAUUCGGUUCCCUAUUCUGAGCACUCUUGCUUUCCUGAGAUAGAGGACUUUAUUAAGCUUGUUCAGCCAAUCAACAUUAAAGGUAUUGUGUCUUCAUCAUUUUGCUAUAUUGAGCCUCUUUAUUAUUUUGGUGGACUUUGCGGAGUAAACCCGUCAUCACAGAGGCUACCUCGUAAGUCUGAAAGGAGAGAAAAAUAUGAGAAUAUUGAAGCUAAGACCAAAUCUAAUUCUGGAAGCAGUAACUUUACCGAUGCUGAAAACAGGAAAAGAAAGAUUGAUUUUUUAGGCAGCCAUUUGAGGAGGGUGAGCAUACUGAGACGAGCACAACGUGGUGUAAAAAUUGUGGAGAAUGAUAGCCCAUGAUUAAACGAGUUGAAUAUUCAUGUUAUAUUAGCUUGCAAUCGUAUGAGAGUUGUAUAUUCUACUUGGACCUGAGAAAUGACGCAUAAAAUUCCGGAAUUCACCUGAAAUCGAAAUGCCCAAUUUUUUCGUCA